ACUCCUGUCUUGUUUCUUGGCAGCGCUUGUGCAGCACCCCCAGCUGGUCAGGGCUAUUAAAUGAAAAAUCAAUCAAGGCGUGUAGGCCGACCUGAGAGAUCAAGGUUCGAGCAAAGCAUCUGGAAACAGCUUGCAGCCUGAACGCAGCAGAAGUUUCCUGGGCGGCUCGGCUCAGUCUGCAGGAUCUCCAGCUCUCUCGGCCCGCGGAAGGUUCGGAGGUUUCGUGCGUCUGGGCGCGGUGAGCUAUCUGCAGCUGCACACCAUGGUGAUCCCCACCGCUGGGUUUUGUUCCCAGUUCCUUCGGAGGACCGCUGCUUUCUCCGCUCCUCUGAGGGUUUUCCGAGCACCGUGGACACGUCAGCCAGGAUUACCUGCUGCUGCAGCUCGGAACAUCCAUGUGGACUCUCCCCCCGUCGUCCCCACUCUCACCACCAGCUACGUUCACGGCACGUCGUCCACGGCGCUGCUUCACGACACGGUGGCAGAGGCCCUGCAGAAGUCCGUGGAGCGCUGGCCCGACAGGGAGGCCGUGGUGUUUCUGCAAGACGGAGUCCGCAAAACUUACGCAGAGUUUCAACAAGAUGUGGACCGGGCUGCUGCAGGACUUCUGGCUCUUGGGCUCAAGAAAGGAGACCGACUCGGCAUGUGGGGGCCGAACACUUACGAAUGGAUCCUGUUCCAGUUUGCAACUGCUAAAGCUGGGAUUAUCCAGGUGUCUGUAAACCCAGCAUACCAACAGAUGGAAGUGGAGUACGCCCUACGGAAGGUUGGCUGUCAAGCCAUUGUGUGCCCUACAGAGUUUAGGGCUCAGAAAUACUGCGACAUGCUGAAGAAGAUCUGUCCUGAAAUCGAGUCGUCCAGCCCAGGAGACAUCAAGAGCGCCAGACUUCCAGAGCUUCGCUCCGUGAUCCUCUUGGACAGCAGGCAGCCUGGAAUGUUUCACUUUGACGACGUGAUGCAGGCGGGAGACAGCCGCCAUGUGAAGCAGCUGCAGGAUCUGCAGAAGAAGCUCUCUUUUGACGACCCGAUAAACAUCCAGUUCACCUCGGGUACCACAGGAGCUCCGAAAGGUGCCACUCUUUCACAUCACAACAUCAUCAACAAUGCCUACUUUGUUGGGAAAAGAGUCGGGUACACCUGGAAGCCCCACAUCCGUGUCUGCGUGCCAGUGCCUCUGUACCACUGCUUCGGCUCUGUUGGUGGAGGGAUUGCUAUGGCCGUGCACGGCCUCACCCUGGUGUUUCCCUCUGCAGGGUACAACGGAAAGGCCAACCUCGACGCAAUGCAGAGUGAGAGAUGCACAUACAUCUACGGAACUCCCACCAUGUAUGUUGACAUGCUUAACCAGCCGGAUUUGGCUAAAUAUGAUUUGUCAUCCAUAGAGGGAGGCAUCAUGGCUGGCUCGCCGUGCCCCCCAGAGCUGGUGAAGAAAGUGGUGCUUCAAAUGGGCAUCAAAGAAAUGACGAUUGGAUACGGCACCACGGAGAACAGCCCAGUGACGUUCCUCGGCUGUCCCCUGGACAACAUGGAGAGGAAGUGUGAGACGGUUGGCUACAUCCUGGACCACGUGGAGGCUAAAAUAGUAAACCCUACAACUGGCCAGAUUAUGCCUCUGGGGAUUAAAGGGGAGAUAAUGGUCCGAGGAUACUGUGUGAUGCUGGAGUACUGGUCCGAACAGGCUAAAACGGAGGAGUGCAUUUCUAAAGAUGGCUGGUACAGAACUGGAGACAUCGGCAGCCUAGAUGCCUACGGCUACUGCAAGAUCGACGGCAGGAUUAAAGACAUGAUCAUCCGAGGAGGAGAGAACAUUUACCCGGCAGAGAUCGAACAGUUCCUCCACACGCAUCCCAAAGUGAAAGAGGCACAGGUGGGUGGGCGUAACGGCGCCAUCUGUGGCCACAAACGGGAACGACAGAAGGGGAUUUUACGUUGAUAUCGGAGUAAAUUUUGGAUGAUGCUGGAAACCAUUAAUACCCUUCUUUCCUUGAAACGAAAUAGUGUUCAAUACUUUGACAGUCUUUGAUUUAUAUAUAUAAAAAAACAUUUUCAAUG